UCAGCCAGCGGUGCCACCGUGCCAGCCGUGCCAGCCGCCCGUCCCUGCGGCUCCCGAGGAAAGGGUCCCCGGGUGCCGCGGUGCAGGAUGGAGCCCGCGGCCGUGCUGCUGGCCCUGCUCCCCACGGCGGCCACGCAGUCCACCCUGCAGCCCACCCUGCAGCCCACCCCACCCCCGGGCUGCAGCUACGGCCUCUCCUCCCUCUACUACAACCUCUGUGACCUCUCGGCGGGCUGGGGCAUCGCAGUGGAGGCGGUGGCCAGUCUCGGCGUGGUGACCACCUUCGUGCUCACCAUCGUGCUGGUGGCCAGCCUGCCCUUCGUGCAGGACCCCCAGAAGAAGAGCCUGGUGGCCACGCAGGUCUUCUUCCUCCUGGGCACCUUCGGGUUGUUCUGCCUGACCUUCGACUUCAUCGUGGGGCCGGAUUUCUCCACCUGCACCUCCCGCCGCUUCCUCUUCGGUGUCCUCUUUGGGAUCUGCUUCUCCUGCCUGCUGGCACACGCCAUGGCCCUCAACUUCCUGGCGCGGCGGAACCGUGCGCCGCGGGGCUGGGUGACGCUGGCGGUGGCCCUGUCCCUCGCCUCGGUGGAGGUCAUCAUCAACGCCGAGUGGCUGCUCAUCACGGUGGCACGGCAAGAGGGCCCCCCGGACCCCUGCCAGCUGGCGGAUGCUGACUUUGUCAUGGCACUCAUCUACGUCAUGUUCCUGCUGGCAGCCGCCUUCAGCACGGCCUGGCCGACCCUCUGCGGCCGCUACGGCCGCUGGCGCAAGCACAGCGCCUUCAUCCUGGCCACCACCGGCCUCUCCGUGGCCAUCUGGGUGGCGUGGACCAUCAUGUACCUCUACGGGAACCAGCACGCCGGCCACAAGCCCGGCUGGGAUGACCCCACGUUGGCCAUCGCGCUGGUCAGCAACGCCUGCGCCUUCCUCCUGCUCUACGUCAUCCCCGAGGUGACGCACGUGACGCGGCGCAGCCCUGAGCAGGCCUUCGAGGACGACGGCUACCCCACGCGCGGGGUGGGCUACGAGACCAUCCUCAAGGAGCAGAAGUCCCAGAGCAUGUUCGUGGAGAACAAAGCCUUCUCCAUGGAUGAGCCUUCCUUCGCCAAGAAACCGGUGUCCCCGUACAGCGGCUACAACGGGCAGCUGCUGACCAGCGUGUACCAGCCCACCGAGAUGGCUCUGAUGCACAAGGGGAUGAGUGAAGGUCCCUACGAUGUGAUCCUGCCCCGUGCCUCCACCAGCCCGGCCCCCGGCAGUGCCAGCUCCACGCUCCGAGCCGAGGACGCCUUUGCAGCACAAGCCCGGCACGUCGGCACCCCACGGGACACCCGGAGCUUCCAGGUGCAGUCCCCGUACAGCAGGAACCGGUGGUGAAGCCCCCGUGGCUCAGGUCCCGCAGCACUGGCACAGCCGCGGCCCCUCCGUCCUGCUCCCGAGGUCUCGCCAAGCCUCAUCCUGCCCUGACGUGUGAAUCCCACUCUGGCCAGCAGCCAGAGCCAGUUCCUGCCAAUGGGAUGCCCGGAUACGGCCCCAGAGCCAGCGCUCCCACCUGCCUGUCCCACCUGGCCAUGGCACCCGCAAGCUGCCAGCUCUGCCCGGACCCCACAGCCUGCCUCAAGGACUGGCUCACUGCCUUUGUGAUGCACAGAUAUCCUGUGUCCCCCCGGGCCAUGGACCCUCUGAAGCUGGGGAGCUGGGAAUGAGCACA